AAUCUAAUAGAGACAAAGAUAAUAAUACACAAAAAAAACAAUCGUGUUACUGAUUAUACGCACUAUUUUCUAUAAUGCAACUAAUGUACAUAUGUGGCUUAAAAGUUAAUCGAAUCGAAAUGGUUAGAUUUAUAAAAUGAACGCGUCCCGCCUUGCAGCGAGAAAUGGCGGUAAAACGAGUGCGCAUGCGCGCCAGAUGUUUCGUUCACAUCGAUGCUCACCGCUUCGCUGUGCUCUUGUGUGCUUGACGCUCGCACAAGUUACACGCGUGCCGGUAAUAAACCGUUGUUUGGCAUAACGGUCGUUUCUGUUCGAUCUUCCUUGGUCCUUUGUACAUAAACUGAAUCGUAACUAUUGAAGCAAAGGUUGUGAUACACGAAAUUUUAGGCAUAACUCUCGAAAGGAAUAGUGAAAGUGUAUCUAUUACUAAGAAAGCGUCAAACCUCGAGUUAUUCGAACGCAAUAAAGAUGGCUGACGUUGCAGAGAGUGCAGCAUUCACCGACCCAGCGACCGCGAUAUCCCACGGGAAACGGCAUCUGUUAGUGCGUGAUUACACCAUGGCGGUGACAGCGUUAGCGCAAGCCUGCCAGCUACUCGCUGAAAAACACGGGGACACCGCGGACGAACUCGGUGAACCCUAUCUGCUCUACGGUCGUGCUCUCCUCGGUUUGGCGAGAGAGGAGGCGGGGGUGUUGGGCGGUGGAGUGCCGGGCACAGAGGACGCGGAUGAAGACGACGAGGAGGACGAGGAGGAAGCGGAAGACGAGAAACUCAGCAACGUAGACGAGAAGGAAGACGAAGAGAACGAGGAGCCAGCGAGCAAAACAACGGCCGACGAGGCGAAAAAAGAGGAAGGUAGCUCCGAGAGCAAAACCGACAAAUCGAAAGCUACCUCGGAGUCCGGGAAGACGGAACCGGAGAAGAAGGAGGAGAAGGAUGAGAAAAGUGAGAAGAAAGCGACAGAGUCCGGUACCAACGAGAAGGAGGUGACGGAAAAAUCGGACUCUAACAAAACCGACGAUAGCAAAAUAGCGGAACAGAAACAGAAGGAGGAAGAGAAAGCAGCGGCUGGCUCCAGCAAGGAAACGAAUCACGCUAACGGGCCGUCCUGCUCGAGCGAACAGAAUGGCGAGCUGAAGGAAAACGGGGAAAACGAUUCCGAGGACAUUGGAAAGGAGGACGACGAGGACGAAGUUAAUAAUUUACAGGUGGCCUGGGAAGUCCUGGAAUUAGCGAAGCUGGUACUUUUAAAACGUGGACAGCCCGGUUGGAAAUUACUGGCCGACGCUUAUCGACUCCUGGGCGAGGUGGCCAUGGAGGGUGGAAACUUUCAGGGCGCUCUGAACGAUCUGCAUCGAUGUUUGGAGCUGUUGCAGCAAAUCGAGCCCCGCGAGCCGAGGGCGAUAGCAGAGAUUCAUUAUCAGCUCGCGUUGGCUCAUUCUUUGGGUAAUGAGUUCGACGCCAGCAUCGAGGAGUUCAACAAGGCCACCGAGCUGCUGGAGACGCGCAUCAAAGAGCUGGAGGAGCUGAAAGAGCCGCCCAAGACCGAGGAUUCCUUUUACACGGUCGAGGGCGAGAUACAGGAGCUGAAGGAACUACUACCAGAGAUCCGAGAAAAGAUCUCAGACAUGAAGGAUUUCAAACAAGAGGCUUGCAAGCUGGUCAUAGAGGGUAUUAAAAGCAAAGUGGCUGGUGGCUGUUCGAACGGUGCCGGUCCAAGCGGUAGCAGCGAUUCCCCGUCCACGCCGAAAGUUCAAAAGCCAGCUAGCAACAUAUCCCAUCUGGUGCGUAAAAAGAGAAAAGCCGAGGAGCCAGACGUAGAUGUUGCCGCGCCCAGCAAAAAGCCGACGCCAGAGAAGGCUGUUUGAAUAUUCCACUUGGUUCGGUGCGUUUGGGACACUUAAUCGUUGCUUUGAUUCGCGCGGUGAAAAUUAAAACUGUACCACAGAUGGAAUUUUUUUAGAGUUGGACCAAGGUAAGAUAACAAUAUUCAAUCUAACGAGAACGAUUCGACUCGAAUACCGUCAAAGAUACCAUUGAUUAUGAUUCACAUAUGUGUUGUAUUUCAUUAUUUUCGUUGUUUUUACGAUAUUACAUUUUAUGACAUUUAUUUAUUGUACCUUCCGAGGUCUUGAUAGCGAACGAGAUGUGCUAAUUACCGUCUACACUGCGAUUGUUUUUAAAACACUUAUUCUCUAGAAUACGAUAAAAUAUUAAGGAAUAAGGUUGUUCUUGUACAAGUCUGAUUAAUAAACGUUAAAUGAUGGUUUUUUUCUAACUGUUCAAAAUGGAUACAGUUCGGACCCCCAAUAAAUUCAAUACUGACGUAUCAAAUCGCAACACAUUAUCCAUAUAUUUUCCAAAUUACAAUAUUCUACAAAUAUUUUUUAUUCAAUUUUUAACGUUUACGAUCACAUUUCUGGACGGAUUGUUAAUUCAAGUUUAAAAAAAGACGUGUGCAUAAGAGGACAGAG